AUUGAAUGGUAUCAUAUCAUAUCUUCAAUUAGCUAAAAAAAAUAAACACGUUCACGACACGCUCAGAGGAAGAUCAUGGCAGAAUCACUCAAUUUUACAGGGAGAUGGUCUCUCAAGGGAAUGACUGCUGUGGUUACUGGAGGCACCCGAGGCAUUGGGCAUGCUAUAGUAGAGGAACUAGCAGGAUUUGGAGUGACAGUGCACACAUGUUCACGAAACCAAGAGGAGCUUGACCAAUGUUUACGAGAAUUGAAAAAUAAAGGUUUCGAUGUAACUGGGUCUAUAUGCGACCUGUUUCAUCGAGACCAAAGGGAGAAACUCAUGGAGACUGUCUCCUCCAUCUUUCAUGGAAAGCUCAAUAUUCUUGUGAACAACGCUGCAAAAGGUAUGAUCAAAGAUGCUGUAGAUUAUACUCCUGAAGACAUCUCGAGCAUUAUGAGCACCAAUUUUGAAUCUGUUUUUCAUCUAUGUCAACUUGCAUACCCACUGUUUAAGGCAUCUGGGUAUGGAAGUAUCGUGAAUAUUGCAUCCAAUUCUUGCGUGGUAGCUAUCCCUUCUCUUUCUGUCUAUGAAGCCUCUAAAGGUGCAGUGAGUCAAAUCACAAAGAACUUGGCAUGUGAGUGGGCUAAGGACAACAUUCGAGUUAAUGCAGUUUCACCAGGGCUAAUCAGAACUUCUCUCUAUGAAUAUGGAAAGCAGGAAUUUCGCGAAGUUGCAGGGUUUUUAAAUAGAUAUAUAACUCAAACUCCUAUUUCUCGGCCCGGAGAGCCUUAUGAGAUUUCAUCAAUGGUGGCAUUCCUAUGCUUCCCUACUGCUUCAUUUAUCACCGGCCAGAUUAUUGUUGUUGAUGGAGGAUUCACCAUCAAUGGUUUCUGCCUCCCAAACAAUAGCUGAACCUGUAAUUUCUUUUCUAGUCAACAACUACAAACAUAAAUAAGGUUUCAUCAGGUCCAGAUAUCGGACUAAAGAAAAUCCAAGAUUUUCCUGUUUCUGUUGUUAACUUCAUUGUUGUAAUAACCAAAAAUCCAUGACGGAUGUUACAUUUGUGAACCCAAAUAAAAAAAAUUCUUUACCAAUGAAAUUUUCUGUUUGGUUUCC